CGUAAGAAAAAUCAUUCCAGUAUCAAGUGACCAUCGUAAGCAAAAGUUCUUCGGCGGACUGUGGUAAAAUAGCUUCUUAACUUGCAAAUUGAUAUUUAAUGCAAUUAUUAAAAUGUUCAAAAAGUCGUUACUUAUACUUAAUCUGCUCUUCUACCUAAAUGACUUUGGCGCAUGUGUAACCACAUUAACCGAUCCAAGGGAAUUGUGUAGUCUUUUCAAGAGUGGCACGCGCAUUCGAAAUCCCGGCUCAUGUACAGAAUAUAUAGAUUGUUCCAACUCUACGGGUGUUAUGUACUCAUGCCCAUCUCUACAAAAGUUUGAUCGCAGCGCACAAAGUUGUGUCUUAGAAGCCAAACUUUCUGAUGGUGACGACUAUUGCCGCAAUCGGUGCUUAAAUAUUAAUGGUAAAUGGGUAACCGACCCAGCUACUUGUAAGGGAUAUUUCUACUGUGACAAUGGUCAACCACUGCAGGGCUAUUGUGAUAAUGGUUAUUAUUUCAAUGAAGCCAAAUCAAUGUGCGAUUUUGAAAAUGUGAACUAUUGUAAUAUUAUACCAGAAAUUUGUGACUUAGUACCGGACGGCACGAAUUAUCGUAACUCAACAGAUUGCAGUACUUACUACCAAUGUAAAAAUGGCAAGAGUGUAAGCCAAAAAUGCACAAAAUACUUCGAUGUCGAAACUAGUGCCUGUGGAACAAAGUUACCGGAAUAUCCUUGCGUGCCUAAAUUUGAUUGUAAAAAUCGCAAAGGUUUCUAUUCCGAUGGUGUGUCAUGUCGUGGUUAUUUUUACUGUCGGGAUUAUGGAAAGGAAAAUGACUUAAGCCCCAUCUUUAUGCAAUGUCCAACUGGCAAAUUAUUCGACCAAACAAGCUCAUCAUGUACUGAUCCUACCGAAUCGGAUUGCAGUUAUAAUCGAUGCCAAGGUCGGGGUGACAUGGAUGUUCAAACUAAUGACGACAAUUGCAGAAGCUAUACGGUUUGCAAAAAUGGUGAGGAAAUUGAAAAAAAGCGGUGCAGCGGCGAUAAGUUCUUUGAUGAAAAGUCGCAGGCCUGUGUGUAUACUUUAAUUACCUACAAAUGUUGCGAUGGAAAAUAGCAUUGCCGGCCUUGUAGUAAAUUACGGUAAUCUGCGCAAACAUCCAUUUAAAUUGUAGUAAUUGUGGCAGAAAUAAAGGAAAUAUCAAUAGUAUUUCAUAUAUAAUACAACUUAUGGUAACUUAUUUAUUAAUUAUUUAAUAUCAGCUUAUUUAUAUUUUAUGCCUGUUAUGAAAUUUGCAAUAAGACCGAAACAGAAAAUUGAUCGACAUGAUUCGGAGGGUUGGCUAUAUGUAAGUAAAGCAGGUACCAUGCCCGGCUCGUGUUUAGAUGACUCUCACGCCUCGAUGUGAUGUGAUUUAAAAGUCAUGAGGUACCUCACGGGAAGUUGACUCUAUAAAAGAAAAGCAGGCACCACGCCUGACCAGUUUUUAGGUAACCCUCACAGCUCGAUGUAUUGUGGUUUGAAAGGCAUUAGGUGACCUCACGUGAAGCUAAGCAUCCGUGCCUGGCCAAUGCUUAGGAGACUCUCAUGCCGUGAUGUAAUUUGGUUUGAAAGUCAUAAGGUGACUUCAGGGUAAGCUGGCAGCCAGCUGGCUCUAAAUAAGUAAAUAAGGCAACGUGACUGGUCAGUACUAAAGUGACUCUCGCGCCUCGAUUUCAUUUGAUAUGUAAGUCACGAGGUGACUGCAGAGAAUACCGAAUGUGAAAUGGCUCUAUAAAUAAAGCAGUCAAAAGAGCUAGGAAAAAACUAUUUAUUUAGUAUUUGUGACGUCAUGUUUUCGCCAGUAGUCAAAGUCAUUUCUACUAAUUUUCAUAGAAAUAUGAGAAAAGAAAAUGAAUGGCUUCUAUCACUUUGCUUGCAUAGCCAUUUUAGUUUUGUUUAAAUUAAAAGUUGCAUUAACAAGUUUUUAUAUGUAUAUAAAAUUGUCGUAAAAUAAAUAAAUUAUUAAUUCCUGAUCAACCCUGGAAUACUAUAAUGUUGCCGGAAAGAUAAAGUUUUAAUACCUUGUCUCCGCCGGCAAUAAUUAUUGACGCCCAUAUUAGAGAGUACUAAGCAAUAUUGCUGCGCAGUUAUUUGUGAUUUGAAUAAAAUCAUGCUGUUUUUAUAUGCGAAGUCCCUCAAAACUUCAAUACAAUGAAGGAACUUCCGCGGAUUCUUCCCAUAUACAAUGUGCAACUUAUGAGGCUUUUGUGUAUGAAAUAUCAAUUGUUAAUAUAAGAAUUGUAUAAGGGUACUAACAGUACAUGUUUGUCUUUUAAAUUAAAUUAAAUGUAUUUUUAAAUGUGUGUAUUGAAAUAUUGCCAACUGGCAACUCUUUACUUUCAUUGCUGUGAAAUUCGGUCGAUGUCGUAUCUGUGCUCGCGUGUGAGUUUUUUCGCAGAUUUUCGCAUAUAUUUUAGAAAAAAUAAGUGUUAAUUUUAGUUAUAACUGUUGUGCAACUACUUUGUGUGUUUUUUAGUAG